AGUUUGUUUGUUUUGAGGAUCGUGGAGUUAGUUUUUUUGCGGCCUGAUAUGCCUUAUGUUUUUUUCGAUUACGUAGGUGAAUACGUCUGCUUACGAGUGCUGCGUUUCAUGUCACGUUAGUUGGGACUAGGUACGUAAGUUCAAGUAGCGGCCUCCCAGUAAAACCGCUUGGGUCAACAAAAUGUCCGUGCUACUCGAAACGUCUCUUGGCGACAUAGUGGUUGACCUCUACCAUGAGGAGUGUCCACUUGCUGCCAGAAACUUCGUUAAACUCUGCAAGAGCAAAUUCUACAACAACUGCUUGUUCGACAAAGUGGAGAAAGGUCAUUUAGCCUUCUGUGGGGAUCCGCAUCGGGAUGGUGGCGAGUCUAUUUGGCAUCGGCUGGGAUCGAACGGAGGUAAAAAGGAUUCAGAUUCUCCACCAAAGAGGUUCUUCGCAGAUGAGGUCCAACCGAGUUUAACGCACGCAAAGCGAGGAACGCUAGGUAUGGCCACUGAAAAGCCAGAUUCGAAUGGCUCCAAGUUCUACAUCACCCUCGCAGACGGCAAGCACGCAUUGGAUGGCGCACAUACGAUUUUCGGCAGAAUAGCGGAAGAAGAAGGUCUCGAAGUCUUAGACAAAUUGAACGAGAUGCUGUGCGACCCCGCUGGAAGACCCUACGUUCAUGUCCGGAUUCGACAUACGGUUUUGCUAGAUGAUCCCUUUGACGACAUUGGGGAUGAAGAAGGGUACGAGUCGCCGGAUGAAUUCCGUGACGGCGAAGAUGCAUUGGAUAAAGCGAAAAAGAUGGCUGGAAUCGGAGACUUGAAAACAGCAAACGCGGCGAACCCAUUGGCAGCGCAGGCUCAAGAAAGCGCAGAUGCACUGGCAGAACAACUGGAGAGAAUCAAGGCAGCAGAUGCACGGUCUCAGGCAAUUACGCUGGAACUUUUGCAGGACUUACCGGAUGCAGAUAUCAAACCGCCGGAUAAUGUGCUGUUUUUAUGCAAUGAUUUAGACUUCGACUUGGUCAGGACUUUGAAGAUCAUGGUGAUUUCCAGAGCACAGAGGUAAAGUAGUAGGUUAUCACGUGCUCCUGCUGUAUCUCUACUUAGACAUCAAUACAGGAGGUGAUCGUGCAGGUGAUGUAGUUGAUGAUCAUCCCUCGUUCUUGACCUUUGUUCUAAGGGCAAUCGCCAAGCUGAACCCGGUUACCCAGGACAGCGAUUUGCAGUUACUCUUCGAACGUUUUGGUCUCAUCAGGAGUUGCGAAAUCAUCCGAGAUUUCAAAACAGGCGAUAGUCUGCAGUAUGCUUUUAUCGAGUACGAAGCCGAAAGGGAUGCGGAAGAGGCGUUCUUUAAGAUGCAAGGCGUUUUGGUUGACGGCCGUCGUAUCCAUGUGGACUUCUCCCAGAGUAUUAGCAAAUCUUUCUCAAUGUUCAAAAGCGGCCGGAUCGGUGCGGACGAGUUGGCGGCGUUGGGAGUCGAGAAGGGGGCGGGGUCGAUGAUAUGGGAAAUAUGUUGUCCUGGAAUGAAUUUUAAUAUAAAAACUACUACCGGUUAGUUUUUACCUCUAGAAAUCUAGCCCCUCAAACAAUAAAUAUAAAGAGCGAUCAUGUUUGUCGUAUCGUUUCUAGUACAGCUGCUAGAGAGCAAUACGUUCUUUACAUUCGUUUGGCUUCACGAGAACAGACAGACAUUACAACCACUAAGCCUACGUUUACAACUAAGUAGAAAUCGUCCCGGCCUCCUAUUAUGUUCUUUUUGAGCUUUGUUCGUGCUUCUUCGGACACUAAGUUUCACCGGCAAAGGCGAGCAGAAGGACUAUUCUGGUGGUAGCAAGGACGGGAAAAAGGGAGACGGCAAGAAAGGUGGUGGAAAGUAUAAAGGCGGUGGUUUCAAGGGCAAAGAUUCGAGUUCCUCAAGCAAAGGUGGUCUUUUUAAUCGGGAACAGACUCACCGCCCUAGAGAGUAUAGCGAUAGACCACCUGCUCACCACGAAAGGUCUACUUCUACUUCUCACCAUGAAAGAGAAAGACCUAAUCAGCAUGGGCAUGGCAGUGACGGACAUCGAGGUAGAGGAACAGGAGACCAUGACAGACGAAGAAACAGACGUUCCGAGUCUAGAAGGAGGAAGAGACAAAACUCAAGAUCGCGCAGUGGGCAUCGUAGCCAUUUCAAUAAGGAAGAUAAGAUUACGAGAAGGUGAUGAAGGAAGGAAGUUGGUUGGCUCCACAACUCUAGUAGGCAAGGAAGUCAGGAUACGGUGGGUAUGUAUAUGAAAAUUCCUCCCUGAUGUAGUAGCCGUGUCUAAUCUCCGAUACCACGAUGACGACCGUCACGCAAAACGGCACCGGUAGGUUGAGGAUAGAAGAGGGCUCUAGAAGUUGAAGGCAGUGACAUUUCAUGACGAAUUACCUUAGCAUAUCCUGCUGCGCUUGCCUCCCCAAAGAAUGAACGCCAGGGGUUUGAACGAACACAUGACCACAAGCUGAGUAAAGCGUUUGAGAGCCUUUCAGUUUCAGGUAGACGAAAGAUCCUAUUACAAUUUCGAAGAAAAACUAAAUUUUAGUGCGGUCGUCUUUGCUUUCAUAGGUCGCUUACUCCGCCAUGCGGAACUACUACGACUACAUCAAACCUGUGUGUCUGCGUACUGCAGUUUUGUGCUGCUUCAUAACCGUUGACAGUCUUAUUCCCUUUCCCCCACAAUCAAGCUGGUGCUAAGUAUCAAUAUCAACAUGAAGGCAAAGAAGCAUUCACUACUUCUGUGUCCACCACAUUUCUUGAC